AUGAAACCCAAAAGCAUUAGAUGCAUGAAGUUUUUUCUGGCGCUCUUUAACAUAAUAUUCAUUUUGUUCGGGUUGGUCCUGAUGGCGAUAUGUGUGAUCAAUAUGCGUGAUCGAGCUCAACGCGAACAGCCAUCUUCACUGUCCAGGGGAGUGUUGUCUUUUAUCCUUACCCUGGGAUUUGGAUUGAUUGUCACCGCUGUGCUAGGCUGCAUUGGCUCUUUGAGAGAAAAUGUCAAGAUUCUAUACGUGCACGCCUGUUUCCUUAUGUUCCUGUUAUCGGUAGAGGUGAUGGUAGGAGUGGGGAGUGCAGUCAUAAACGCCUGGGUCGGAGGGGGCAGUGAGCUCAGGCUGCAGUUCUAUAAGAACAUCACAGUCGAUGAUGAAGGACCUAACCAGCAGGCCUUCUGGGACAAAUUACAGUCUGAAAACCAGUGCUGCGGCGUAGACGGUCCCCAAGACUAUGCCAUCUUACAACGAGAUAUUCCCGCGUCUUGUUGCGCACGCGCACACCCCUUACGGGAAGGCGGUGCAAGAAGACAUCUUCACUCUACCUGUAUCACCGAGAAAACAUACUACGUGAGAGGCUGCGAGGAAGUGCUGCGACAGAAGAAGGCGUUCAAGGGAAACAUUUUUAUUACAACUGGAAUUAUUUUUACUCUAUUGGAGAUCGUAUGCAUCAUUCUAUCUCUAUGGAUGGCGCGCGUCGUGAGACAGGAACGUAGAAAACUUCAACAGAACUUACAAGCUCAUUUCGAGACUUAA